CCACUAUACUCUUCAUUUUCCUCUAUAAAACAACAUUUUCCGUCCUUCUUAAAUUUUCCCUCACCUCCCUUUCUCUCCUCUCCAAAUUUUCUUUCCACUCCAAUUUCCUUCCUUCUUUCGGAAACAGGGGGUUAGAGUCCAAGACAUUAAUGCUAGCACGAAGAGGGGACGUGAAGUAAGCUAUGAAUGAUCGUGAGUCCAUGAUCAUGAUCGUCUACAAAUGAGUUCUACUCAAUCAAGAGCUUGUUCGAGAUAUACCACCUAAUGCAUGAGUAGCAUUGGAAGAAUUUGACGGUGUCUUUCCCGAGGAAGCUCCAAUGGGUUUACCUCCAAUCCAAGAGAUAGAGCAUCAAAUCAACUUCGUUCCGGGGGCUACUAUUCCAAAUAAGAAAGCCUAUAGGAUGAAUCCAGAGGAGAAGAAGGAGUUGCAAAGGAAUAUUGAUGAGCUCAUGGAGAAGGGACAUGUUCGAGAGAGCAUGAGUCCCUGCGCAGUUCCUGUCAUUCUCGUGCCAAAAAAGGAAUAUACAUGGAAAAUGUGUGUUGAUUGUCGAGCAGUCAACCAUAUUAGGUAUCGUCAUCCUAUACCACAAUUGGAUGAUAUGCUUGAUGAACUACGUGGUGCUAGCAUGUUUUCGAAGAUUGAUUUGAGGUCAGGCUAUGACCGGAUUCGAAUGAAGGAAGGAGAUGAAUGGAAAACCGCUUUCAAGACAAAGCAUGGCUUGUACGAAUGGAUGGUGAUGCCAUUUGGUCUCAUAAAUGCGCCCAACACAUUCAUGAGGUUGAUGAACCACGUAUUGAGAGCUUUUAUUGGGAACGUGGUGGUUGUCUGCUUCGAUGAUAUUUUGAUCUAUUUGAAAAGCGUGGAGGAACAUCUUGAUCUUUGCGAGAAGUGUUAAAGACCUUGAGGAAGGAAAAACUCUAUGCCAACCUCAAGAAGUUCAUGUUUUGUACCUCGAACGUGGUAUUUCUAGGAUUCGUAGUAAGUGCGAUUUGUAUUGAGGUCGAGGAGGAGAAAGUUAAGGCGAUUCAAGCAUGGCCUACCCCUACCAAUGUGAAUGAAGUGAGGAUAUUUUA